AUGACACCUGCCAACGAUGGUGGCAGAUGGAAGAGCGUCGCCCCUUCCAUCGCAUCCUACUGGGUCUGCUCAAUAGGGUUGGUUUUUCUCAACAAACAUCUACUCUCGGGUACUGGUGCCAGGCUGAAUAUCCCACUGUUUAUCACCUGGUGCCAAUGCUUGACCACUGUUCUUGUGUGCAUUUUGCUCAGUUUGGGAUCUAAGGUUCUCCCAUUAUCCAUUUUCUUCGUGGCAAUGAUCUCCUUCAACAACCUCUGUCUUCGGAACAAUGGAGUCUCGUUUUACUAUAUUGGAAGAUCCACAUCUACAGUAUUCAAUGUGAUGCUCUCCACCUGGGUACUUGGGAUUGAAUCAAGCCAAGCUGUAUACGUGUGUUGUUUGAUCCUGAUAAUUGGAUUCUCAAUUGGUUCUCAGCCCGCUUCCAAGGAGAAUUCAUUGUCCAUGCAAGGAGCAUUUUACGGAUUGUUCGCGUCGAUAUCAUUGGCUUUAAAUGCAAUUUUUACAAAGAAAGUCCUACCACAAGUCGGAAAUUGUCUCUGGAAGUUGACUUGGUAUAACAAUGUUGUUGCAGUGGUGCUCUUCCUUCCUCUUAUGUGGCUUAACGGUGACGUAGAUAGGGUAAAAGCUAAUCCACCUGAACAAUUCUUCUGGCAAUUGUUAUUCAUCUCUGGUCUCUUCGGGUUCACAAUGAACUACGUGACAGUUUGGCAGAUUGAGGCUACUUCUCCACUUACUCAUAACAUCUCGGCCACUGCUAAGUCAGCUACUCAAACUCUUCUUGCCGUCAUCAUCAAUCGAGAAUGGAAACCAUUUACAUGGUGGGUCAGCAACAUUGUCAUUCUUUUCGGAUCAUCCGCUUACGUCUAUGCCCGUCACUUGGAGAUGAAAAUGGAAGAAGCAGAAAAAUUGAAAAUGGAACAGAGUGAGAAGAAGUUGAAAACAACUUGA